GAGCGCUCAUUCGCAGGGAGACGCGUGCAUCUCGGCGAUAGUUUAAAAACUUGUUCAGCGGAUCUUAAUCAUUCUGUUCUUAGAUCUGUCGGAGAUCACGUUUAAGCCCGCUGAUAGUCGAACCGCGCGAUGGCAACCGUUUUUCUUGGCACUGUCGUGCACACCAAGUCGUUCGGCGAGUUCGAGUCCUUCGAAAAGGGCUUCCUGGUAGUGGACGACGCUGGCAAGAUAAUAGGAGUGGGCCAAGACUACAAGGCAUGGGCAAGCAGCAACCCGGCCCAGGCCAAGGGUCUGACCGAAGUCCAGCUGUCGGACUACCAGUUCCUCAUGCCAGGCUUCGUAGACUGCCACAUCCACGCCCCGCAGUUUGCUCAACUGGGAUUGGGACUAGAUAUGCCUCUUCUGGACUGGUUGAACACGUAUACUUUCCCGCUGGAGGCGAAGUUUUCCGACCAGCAAUACGCCCUUCAAGUCUACCAGGGUGUGGUCGAAGCAACACUGCGGUGCGGAACCACGCUGGCGUCCUAUUUCGCCACCAACCACAUGGAGUCAACGCUGACCUUGGCGCGGGAGGCGGUGCGUCAAGGCCAACGGGCACUGGUGGGCAAGGUCUGCUCCAAUUGCAACAGCCCCGACUUCUACGUGGAGUCAGCGGAAGAGUCGGUCAGAGCAACUGUGGCUUUCGUCGACGGCGUGCGAAAGCUCGGCAGCCCGUUGGUGAUGCCGACAAUUACGCCCCGCUUUGCCCUUAGCUGCAGCAAGGAGCUGCUUAAAGAUCUGGGCGAUAUUGCGAAGCGAUUCGACCUGCAUAUCCAAAGUCACAUCAGCGAAAAUCUGGCGGAGAUCGAGGUGGUAAAGGGGAUAUUUAAGACCAGCUACGCCGGAGCAUACGACGAGGCUGGCCUGCUGACGAACAAGACGGUAAUGGCUCACGGCGUGCAUCUGGAGGACGACGAGGUGGCACUCCUUAAAACCCGCGGGUGCUCGGUGGCCCACUGUCCCGCCUCGAACACAAUGCUAAGCUCAGGUCUGUGCGAUGUCCAACGGCUGGUGAGCGCCGGCGUGAACGUAGGUCUCGGUACAGACGUUUCAGGGGGAAACUCAGUCUCGAUUCUGGACGUCCUGCUGCGCGCAUUGGACGUGUCAAAACAUCUUGACUUUUUUAAGAAGCAGAACAUUCGCGGAACGGGGGUGGCCGAAACACAAGAUCCAAACUACAUUCCGUUAAAGUACAAGCAGGCACUCUACUUGGCCACAUUGGGUGGAGCCCAAGCGCUGUCCCUGGAUCAGUUGACCGGAAACUUCGUCCUAGGGAAGGAGUUUGAUGCUUUGUUGGUGGAUGUCAGCGUCGUCGAAAAACCCAUGCGGAGACUGAGCGUCGAUGAACUGGUGGAGAAAUUCAUUUACACAGGCAGUGAUCGCAAUAUUAUCGAGGUUUUUGUGGCCGGGAAGCGUAUUAAACAGAAAUACCAAUGAGUAGUGAGCAAUUAUACCUUUAACAGUGUGAUUUCUCAAGGAAACGUAUAGAGAAUUUAUUUUUAUAGUGAUAAACAUUAAAUGCUGUAAUGGAAUUUUGAGAUAACCACCAAUAUACAUAUUUCUGUACACAGCUAAAAA